AUGGCCAACGACGAAUAUGAUUUCCUCUUCAAAGUGGUGUUGAUUGGAGACUCCGGCGUCGGAAAGUCCAACCUACUUAGUCGAUUCACCCGUAACGAGUUCAAUCUAGACUCCAAGUCCACGAUUGGUGUCGAAUUUGCGACUCGAUCCAUCCAAGUCGAUUCUAAGACGAUCAAGGCGCAGAUCUGGGAUACUGCAGGCCAGGAACGAUACCGCGCUAUUACUUCUGCGUACUACCGAGGUGCAGUCGGUGCACUCCUUGUCUACGACAUUAGCAAGCACCAGACCUACGAGAAUGUCACAAGAUGGUUGAAGGAGCUCCGAGACCAUGCUGAUGCCAACAUUGUCAUCAUGCUGGUCGGUAACAAGAGCGAUUUGCGGCACCUCCGAGCAGUACCUACGGAGGAGGCCAAGGCAUUUGCUAGUAUGUCUAAUAUUCAAUUUCUUGAAGAUGCCCAAAUUGCUGACACAAGACCUCUAGGCGAGAACCAUCUCUCUUUCAUAGAAACUUCUGCUCUCGAUGCCAGCAACGUUGAACUUGCCUUCCAGAAUAUCCUUACCGAAAUCUACCGCAUCGUGUCGAGCAAGGCGUUGGAUAGCGGCGAGGGUGCCCAAGCCCCGAUGGCAGGCACCAACAUUUCGUUGAGCAAGUCUCCUGACGAUGCCGCGAAACAAGCCGUAUAUAAGUCGUUGUCCAAGGGGACUAGUAGCCAGAAGGCCGAAGCACCUGCCAAUGGAGUCCGAAAGAAUAAGCAAAGAGUUUUAAUAUUAUCUUCCAGAGGUGUUACAUACAGGCAUCGACAUUUACUUAAUGACCUUGCGUCUAUGCUUCCUCAUGGCCGGAAGGACGCAAAACUAGACACGAAGUCGAAACUUUACCAGCUCAACGAGCUCGCAGAACUUUACAACUGCAACAAUGUGCUGUUCUUCGAGGCGCGCAAGGGAAAGGAUUUGUACGUAUGGUUGAGCAAGGUUCCCAAUGGCCCAACGGUCAAGAUGCACCUCCAGAACUUACACACAAUGGAAGAGCUGCACUUCACGGGCAACUGCUUGAAGGGUUCAAGACCAAUCCUCUCCUUCGACGCCGCUUUCGAUAAGGAGCCUUACCUACAAGUCAUCAAGGAGCUUUUCCUCCACACAUUCGGUGUACCACAAGGCGCGAGAAAAUCUAAGCCCUUCGUAGAUCGUGUUAUGGGAUUCACAUUCGCAGAUGGGAAGAUAUGGGUGCGCAACUAUGAAGUAAAAGAAUCAGAGGCACCAAAGGUGCAGGACGGGGAGGCGGAGACAGACUCCAAACCUACUAAGGGCCGCAACAAGGAGCUCGACGUCAGCAUGGUAGAAAUUGGCCCGCGAUUCGUGCUUACCCCUAUCGUCAUUCAGGAAGGCUCCUUCGGCGGACCGAUCAUCUACGAGAACAAGGAGUUCGUCUCGCCGAACCAGGUCCGAGCCGACUUGCGAAGGGGACAGGCCAUGAAGCAUAACACUCGUACAGAGCAACACGUGGAGAGGCUCGCGAAGAAGGGGGAUCUGGGACUGCGGACGAACGGUAGGCAGGCCCCGGUGGAUGCGCUAGAUACGAAGGAACUAUUCGCUUAG